GGUGCGUUUCUCAUGCCCGCUGGCCUCCCUCAUGCUGGGGUACAGGGGGGCACCAGGAGGGAACAAGACCUUUUUCCCCUUCUUCUCGGACUUCAGGGGCCGCAACGUGACGGCCCUGCGCGUCGGCGAAACAUCUGCCCUGGCCUCCAUCUUCCUGCUGUCCUUGGCGGGCAACAUCUGGGGCAUCUGUCUGCUGGUGCGGCGGCAUCGCAGGCUGUGCGCCGCCAACUGCUUUGUCCUCAACCUCUUCUGCGCCGACCUGCUCUUCAUCACCGCCAUACCCUUCAUCGGCAUCGUGCGCUGGACCGAGUCCUGGGUGCUGGGCGACGCCGUCUGCCACAUGCUCUUCUAUGUGGUGAGCCUGAGCGGCGUAGUCAUCAUCCUCUCCCUCUCGGCCGUCAGCCUGGAGCGCGUCGUCAGCAUCGCCCGGCUGCGCCACGCCGCGUUCCGCCGCCGCAAGGUGCUGGCGGCCGCCUUGCUCCUCAUCUGGGGCUUCGCCGCCCUCGCCACCCUCCCGCUCUGCUGCUUCUUCACCGUGGUGCGGCUGCCCUCCCCUCCGGGCCAGGAGAUUCAGAUUUGCACCCUGGAUUGGCCCAGCACUGCAGGAGAAAUAGUCUGGGAUAUGACCUUUGCUAUUGUUUUCUUUCUAAUACAAGGAUUAGUCAUUGUCAUCAGUUACUCCAAAAUCUUACAGAUUACAAAAGCAUCAAGAAGAAGUUUAAAUGCUGGUUUAGCCUACUCAGAAAAUCAUCAGAUCCGUGUUUCCCAGCAAGACUACAAACUAUUCCGAUCCCUCUUUCUGCUGAUGAUCUCUUUCUUCAUUAUGUGGAGCCCAAUAGUAGUAAUUAUUUUUUUAAUUUUAGUUCAGAACUUCAAGAAAGAUUUAAAUAUUUUGCCAUCAGUUUUCUUCUGGAUAGUGUUAUUUACUUUUGCGAACUCUGCAGUCAAUCCAAUUUUGUAUAAUGUUGCCUAUUUCAGACGUAAAUGUCAGGAAAUUCUUCUCUGUUGUACAGGGAACUCUGAAAGGCAUAGGGCAGGUACAGAAACCACUGCAAGAAGAAGUAACCAUGAACAGCCACACUUGUCUUUCAUCACCAGAUAAUUAUUUAAAGCCUGAGCUGUGCCACACUUUGGAUUUUGUCUACACUACUGCAGGUCGAAUAGGUCACUCUGAUAUAGUAUUAUAUGCCAGAGAAGGGGGGAAAAAAAGCUAAAUCUGUAUUUUUGUUUCCUGCAUGUAAAAUUCUCUUGACUUCACUGCUUUGCCUCAGUAAGAUCUGUGCAAUUUAAUCCAAUGGAUUGAAUUCUCCUCUUAUACUGAAAUAAAUAGGAAUAUGGCAGUGAACUUGCUGAAUGUAAAACAGC